UGCUGGGAUCACUAAGAGCGCUCUUGUCGCAGCUGACUCCUCCAGCACCAGAAAAGGUAAAACAUCACAAUGAAGGUGGCAGUUCUGUGUUUAUGCCUUAUCAGUAUCACCGCUGCAUGGCCAGUGAGUAAAUCCAAGCAGCAUGCCAUUUCUGCCAGCUCCGAAGAAAAAUAUGACCCCAGGGGCCAUCACUCACGCAGAUACCACCACCACCACCACCACGUGAAUUCUCAGUCUUGGGAAAGUCUGCAGCACCCGCAGAAUGACCUGGCAUCACCUCAGCAGACUCUUUACUCUUCAGAAGAAAACGUGGAUGUCCCAGUACAACCGCACUUUCCUGAUGUGUCAAGCAAGAGCCAUGAAGAUGUGGAUGACGACGACGAUGAUAAUGAUUCCAAUGACACGGAUGAAUCCGAUGAGGUUGCAACGAGUUUUCCCACAGACAUUCCAGUAACUGUACCCUUCCCUCCUUUCCCUUUCACCCGGGGAGACAAUGCCGGCAGAGGCGACAGCGUGGCCUACAGGGUGAGGGCAAAAGUCUCAGUGGUGAAGUCUAACAAACUCCACAAAGCUGCAAAAGAGCUCAUUGAAUAUGAUGCCACCGAGGAGGAUGAAAGCGCCCUGGAUGCAGACAGCCAGCAAGCAGGGCUCUCCCGGGAGGAUUCUGCUGUCCGCCGCUCCCUGGGGAAGCAUGCCAUCAGCGGGGAAUGGGCUGACAAGAGCCACGGGCAGGACAGCAGCGAGCUGGACAGCAAGCAGCGUGACCGGAGCAUGGAAAACGACAGCCGGCAGAAAUUCGAUAGCCGUGAGGUGGAAGGAGAUGACAGCAAGGCUGGUGUCAGAGGGGAUAGCCACCAGCGCGUGGAAAGCAGGGAGAGCCAGGUCCACGUUUCGGCCGAGAUCCCUGACGAUCACAGCAACCAAACGCUGGAGAGUGCCGAGGAUGCUCAAGAUCGUCACAGCAUCGAAAAUAACGAAGUCACCCUUUAAAGGGAGACAAAUGUAACGUUUCCCUUCUUUUUCAGUUCCUACCUAAGGGGAGGGGGGAGUAGCUUCAUUUCGGGUAACCGUUUGUAAAGGUAGAGCGUGUGGCGACUUUUCGGGUCCGGGGCAGCUUCUUUACCCGGUGGCCUCCCCUCAGCCACCAGCAGUGCCAAGCCUCCGCGCUGCGCGUCGUGCCGGCCUGGCGGGAGGCAGUCGGCGGA